AUGCCAGAGCGCCUUCAGAUCAUCUGGACGCCAUGGCGGAACCACAGCGAGCUACUGAGUGUUCGAGAGUGGUUUUUUCCUCAACCAGCAAGUAGUGAACAGGCAGAUUCAGAUUCAAACUCCAGGAAAAAAGCUUGCAAUCACCUAAAUGACGGGUCGAAUGCAGGUGUCGGCCUGGAAAUUGCGAGGCAAUCUCCCGCAUGCCGUCGAAUCAACCUGUCUCCUCACCGAAGCAGUUUUGAUCGACGAAAAGCCUAUCGGACAGACGCCGGCGUUCGCAAUCAGGGCUUCUUACGUUACAGCAAUCUCUCGGUGCGUCUCGCCUUCUUCCCCUCCUCCUGGCUUGCUCCAUCCAACCAAACUAACCAAAGCAGCUUCGUGACCGGCCUCCUCGACUCGCAACAGGAAUCCAAGUACAAAGUCUCCAUGUAUACUCAAGCGCAGAAAUUCGGCUUGCCUGCUUUGUUCGUCGAUAUACGGCACGAGGCUACGCAUGGAGAUAUGCCCAAUUUGACGAACUUGAGGAGUGCGGCGCAGAGAGCGUUGAAGUGGUUAUGGGAGGAUUAUUGGAGGGGCCUUGAGGAGCAAGCACCAGCGCUACCAGCAAGCAAUGGGCCGACCGCGAUUCUGCCGGAUGAGGCAGGGUACCAAAGGGAGAAGGUGAAAGAAGAUGGGGAGGAGCAGCCUGGAGGCUGGCAGAAAUGGCAAGGGAGGUGGACCCCGAAGCCCAUUGGCACAGUCUGA